UUGAUUAUUUUGAACGGGUCAAGAUGGCGGAGGAGAGCGGGUUGAAGCAUCGGCAUCACGCUCAGCAAAAUAGCGAAAACAGCACUUUCGACGAAGGUGAGCAUGGGGUGGAGGAUGUGCCUCAUAAGAUGAGCCCAGAGGAAGAGAAGGCCCUGUUGUCGGAGGAAGAUGCAAGGCCGGUACAGAUCGUUGUGGCUCACGAGGACGACCACGCCUUUGAGCUCGACGAGGCGGCGCUGGAGCGCAUCCUGCUGCAGGAGCAUGUGCGCGACCUCAACGUGGUGGUGGUGUCGGUGGCCGGGGCCUUCCGCAAGGGCAAGUCCUUCCUGCUGGACUUCAUGCUGCGCUUCAUGUACAACCAGACAUCCUGCUCCUGGCUGGGUGGGCACGAGGAGCCACUGACGGGCUUCACCUGGCGGGGGGGCUGCGAGAGGGAGACCACGGGCAUCCUGGCCUGGAGCGACGUGUUUGUGGUGGACAAGCCAGACGGGAGCAAGGUUGCUGUUCUUCUAAUCGACACGCAGGGGGCUUUCGACAGCCAAUCAACCAUCAAAGACUGUGCGACGCUGUUUGCGUUGAGCACCAUGACCAGCUCUGUACAGGUUUACAACUUGUCUCAGAAUGUGCAAGAAGAUGACCUUCAACAUCUCCAGCUCUUUACCGAAUAUGGAAGGCUGGCCUUGGAAGAAAUCUAUGAGAAACCCUUUCAGACUUUAAUGUUUCUUAUAAGAGACUGGAGCUACCCUUACGAGCAUCCCUAUGGCUUGGACGGAGGGAAGAGUUUCCUGGAGAAGAGAUUACAAGUGAAACAGAACCAGCACGAGGAGCUGCAGAAUGUCAGGAAGCACAUCCACUCCUGCUUCUCUAACAUCGGCUGCUUCCUCCUGCCCCACCCCGGUCUCAAGGUGGCCACCAACCCCAACUUUGAUGGCAGGCUCACAGAUAUUGAUGACGAUUUCAAGACUGAGCUAGUCAACCUAGUGCCAAUCUUGUUGUCCCCGAAGAACUUGGUGGAGAAAGAAAUCGGAGGAUCCAAAGUGACGUGCCGAGACCUUGUACAGUAUUUCAAAGCAUACAUGAAAAUAUACCAAGGGGAGGAGCUACCUCAUCCCAAGUCAAUGUUACAGGCAACAGCAGAAGCCAACAACCUGGCAGCGGUUGCAGGAGCAAAAGACAUUUACAACAAAGGCAUGGAGCAGGUGUGCGGAGGCGACAAGCCCUACAUGGCCCCCGAUCAACUGGAGCGCGGCCACGCGAACCUGCGUCAGGUGGCGGUCAACCACUUCCGCUCGGUCAAGAAAAUGGGCGGCGAGGACUUCUGCCGGUGCUACCAGGAGCAGCUUGAAGCAGAGCUGGAUGAGGCCUUCACGAACUUCAUCAAGCACAACGAUGGCAAGAACAUCUUCUACGCGGCACGCACGCCAGCCACGCUCUUCGCCGUCAUGUUCGCCAUGUACGUGGCGUCGCUGGUCACGGGCUUUCUGGGUAUCAACACAGUGGCCAUGGUGUGUAAUCUCAUUAUGGGCGUGGCACUGGCUGCCCUCUGCCUAUGGGCCUAUGUGAAGUAUUCCGGCGAGUUCCGCGAGGUGGGCAGCGUCAUCGACCAGGUGGCCGAGACCCUGUGGGAGCAGGUGUUGAAGCCUCUGGGCGAUCACUAUAUGGAGGAUAACAUUAGGCUGAGUGUGGUCAACAGUCUCUGCUUUUCUGAGCGAGCAGGUGUCGCAACACAACAAGUUAGAGUAAAUGAGUGACCGACGUCCGCGUCCCACACUAACUUUGCCAACCUGCCCGUAUAACCAAAGUUUACAGCUUUACCCUCUGUAAUUGGUCAUAGCCGCUCGUCACUUAACUCGGGCACCCAAUGAGAAGGCGGCAUUACGAGCGGUUGGCAGUGCGGGGAAGGAUGAGCCAGCCUCUUUUUCCUUGAUCAGACUGCUGAUUGGAUGUCUUGUGAGAUCCACCCCCCCCCCCCCCCCCCCCCCUCAUGGAAACGGAUUAUUGUUAUUGUGACAGGACAUUUUGUGGCAGUUUAUUUAAGUGGGACGUUUUUCAGCUCAGUAGUUUGUGGUUGUCUGGGACAGGCAGCGUUUAGAGGUCUGUUUAAACCACAAUUUACUCGUCUUCUCUGUAAGAGCUUUCUCGUUUUCCUUCCCACUUGUCCGAGUGAAUGGAUAUCAAUCAAUGUAAGAACAACCACUGCUCUAUUUCACUAACACUUGUCGUUGCUGUUUUGAGACACUACAGUUACACACCGAUCGAGGUAUAGCUAGUUGUAGCCUGCUUAUCAGUUCAGCAUCACCCUCCCCUCACAUCUCUCAACCAGUUGCUCUUAAGAUGAAUCAUUUGGUAUAUUUCUAUUCUAGUAUUAGACUUGUUGUUCUAUUGCAAUUAUUCCCUCCAGACCAUUACCACCAAUGUGCUGUUUUGUACAGUUUUUUUUGUUACUCAUCCAAAAUGGGGCAUGUGUACGAAAUAUACAUAUAUAAAUACGUUUUCUAUACCUUUUUUGUAGCUGGAAGAACAAUGGUUUUGUGGUAGGCCACUGUGCAGUUUACUGUAUUUAAAUGAAUGAUUUUGUGAUUUGUGUAUGUCCCAAUAAAUUAUUUUUUAUACACAUUUGUAAAGUAAUCUACAUUGAGCGCUGCAAUUCCACCCCUGCUGACAAAUGUUUGUUAACUUAAUUUGUCUUCUGUUGCAGUUUAAAAGUUAUUUCGUUAAUUUAUUUUUCAAUACGAGAUUAAAACAAUACCACAGUAUAUGAA